UAGUAUUAAAAGUUUCCCCUAAGUUGAGUGCAUAGGGAGGUAUAGGGUAUUCAAGGCUGAGUUGAGUGCAUACUAUAAGUUGCACAAGACACAUGAGAAUGCAUUGGCCAAUCCCCCUUUAGAGAUGCUUGAUAGAGGUGUAGAUCAAUGGGUAGAACUGUGCAAUCAUUUCAACUCCGAUAUGUUCAAGGAAUUUAUUGUGUAACUUCUUACCAGUUCACUGCUUUAUUCCUAAUUUUGUUAUGUAAUGUGUGUGUGUGUGUAUAUAUAUUCUAUUCUUUGCAAAAGGCAUCAUCAGCAAAUAUAGUGAAUCGAUCGAAGAAGAAGUAUAAUCAUCGUAUUGGUUCACGUCCUUUCUCAUACACAGUGGAGGAGAUGGUUGAGGAUGGUUCGAAGUUUCCCGAAGUCGACACAUUUGAGUUCGCUUAUGCAGGAAAGAACAAGUGUUGGACUUAUAAUGUAGGUAAAGCUCAACAUGAUGAGAUGCUUAUCAAAGAGUCUGAAUAUCUUGUAUAGAAGGCAAAGGAGCAUCAACUUCCCAAAGAUAUCCCUUUGGAGGAGAUACUAGUAGAUGAUCCUAAUGCCGGAAUUAAUAUCAUGAUGUCUGUUCUAGGUACGAAGCCUGGACUUCAAAUUUGUGGGUUGGGAGAUGGUUGCCUUCGAGACAUUCGGACAUCUUCUUCUAAUGUACACAAUUUAGAGAAAGAGUUAGAAACAGAACGCGCUACUCGAAAGGCAGCUGAUGCAACUCUAGUGAAGAUGGAGCAAAGGAUGCAACAUAAGAUGAAAGUUGUUGAGAAACAAUUCAAUUUUACAUUGCAGUCAUGGUAUCAUUCUAUACACCAACUAUGCGGUAAAGUUCCUGGCUUUGUUGUGCCCCCAUUUACACCAUUGUCAAUAGAGAUUAAUGCUAAUGAGGAAGAUGAUGCUAUUGAGGACGAAGAAAAUAACUUUGAUGAUGAUCAGUCGCAUAUUUAAUUCAUGAGGAUGAAGAGUUAUUUUGUUAGGUGCAUAAUAAUAGAUAUAGAGAAUGUUUGCUAUGCUCAUUACUCAUUUUAAGUUUAGAUUUAAUCAGACUUGGUUAAUGAAUUU